UCCAUCGUUUUCGGCCGGCUAAAUUUGUCACCUUCUUAAGGCUCAAUUCAGAUCAUUGCAACCAUUUCUUCUUUCUGGAAUCACUUGAUCCAUGGGCGACAAUGAAGGUCAUGGUGAUCUCUUAUCAAACAACCUUGUCAUCCUACUCAUUGCCAUGGGUUCCGCAGCUUUCGUUGUUUCAAUGUACCAUGUCAUAGCUAUUUGCUGGUGCAACCAGCGCAUCACAAACCAAAACCAACAACAACAACAACGGCCAUCACAAACGACGGAGGGUACUUCCUUGGCGUCGGUGGCGCACAUGAUUCCAACCCACAGGUAUAGCAAGAAGAAAGUUGAUAGUGUGGUUCAAGGCCGAUCCAACUGUGAUGGUGGAGACGAUGGCGACACGUGUGCGGUGUGCUUGGGAGACUUUGAAGAUGGUGAGGAGUUGAGGACGAUGCCUGAGUGCAUGCAUUCUUUCCACGUGGCAUGCAUUGAUAUGUGGCUGAGUUCGCAUUCGAGUUGCCCUAUUUGCCGUAGCAGUGCCACACCUUCUCAAGAGGUGCUUCACUCCGACCAUGAUUUCAAUUAUGCAUAUCAGCAUCAACACAGCUUAGAUAUGUCCACGCAUCAGUUCGCUGUCACACAUGUGAUGCGACGAUGAAGUGGUCUUGCUAUAUAUCAUGGGUUUUAAGGAGACAGAGACACAACUGCAAGAAAAAGAAAAAGAAGAAAAAAAACCCUACAUGCUCCUUAGUUACUGCUAUGCCAAAGAGUUUGCACCUAUAUGUGCUGGCCGGGAAAUUAAUUAAUUCUGCUAAUUUGAUACACUUUUUAUUAUUGUUAGUUAAUUUGUUAAAUGAUUAAUUCAAUUGACUCCUAAGUAUGUCAUUUUUAAAGUGUAUGUUGAAUUUUUGUAGAAAAUAAAUGAGUAAAAAUAUGUUGAAAGAGUGUCUUGCUAA